UUAAAUUCGACAGGUGAAUUGAAACAGGAAAAACUAUAUCAUGGUUUUAAAAUAAAAUUCACUCUUUAGUACUUUGUACCUAUUUUCGAUCAAAUGGUACUUGAGAGUAACGAAAAUAGCGUGAAACAAUCAUGAUUGAUUUUAUCAUUUUGGUUAUAAUAGAGACACUUUUUUCAAGAUUGGAGACUAUUUUUUUAUCUAAGUCGUUAAUGCAUUUGUUUGUUCGGCAAAUAUUUUCCUCUAGAAUUAUGGCUGCGGUUUCAAUUGGCGAUAAUUAUAUCACAUCAUUUAAAUUUACUUGUGUCCACAAUGACUGUUGAUAGAAGCAUUUUAAUUCGACCUAAAAAUCAUUCCACUUGUCAUUAAAAUUCCAAUUAACAUUUAGUUGUAAUUUACGAAAUUUCGUAAAGAUCUAAUUUUAUCCCUAACUACUAAAGUCCACAUGAAUCGGAGAACUGCCAUUAAAAAUAGACCACAUAAAUAAUUAUGUCAACAAAGCUUCGACCAGAUUUAUAUAAACGCCGGUAAAAAUGUUUGCGCUUAGUUUCAGUUGAGACUUUGCCACGAACUGGUGGCAAAAUGGUUAAGUUAAUAAUGAAAAUGCCAACCAAACCGAAAACCGCUCAUAAAGAACCAAUCGAUUUAGAAGUGGGAACUGUUUCUGAAGAAAUAGAAGUCCCGGUGGCUUCAGAAGUUGUCUUUAGAAAAAUAUGGAAGAUCAAAAGGUUCCACAAGACGAUAGCAAAAAGGGAUUUGGUUGAUAGUCCGGUAUUCAGAUGCUCAGUCAAUGGAAUGGCCACAUUUUGGAAUAUCUCGGUCAGAUUUUGGAAAGGUCCCAAUGGUAAAAAAGUCACCAAUCCAUUGGUGGUUUGUCUAAACCUGACAGGUUGCGAAACGGAAGAGACAGGCCAGGCCCGUGUCCGUUUCCAAUUUGGAGUAUGGGACGCUAGUAUCAAACAUUGGGAAUGCUGUCCCAUUUCCAGUGUGGUGCUAAACCUCCAAAACAGCAAAGAUUUGCUUUCUGUAGGCUACAAAAGCCUCGGAAUUCUUGACAGACAUUUAGAUAGUUCCAAAGACGUCAGUAUUAUGCUUAAACUUCAAAUAAUCCAAAGCGAUGAAGAGGUCCACAGUUUAUCCCAAGACAUGGCUAGAUUAUUAGUAAAAUCCGAGGACAAAGACACCAUCAUCGAAUGUGCUUCUAAAGAGGACGAAUCUCCUCUUACAGUCCAUAGUUGGAUAAUUAGGGCACGUAGUAGUAAAUUAGCGAUGAAAUUGCAAAAAUCCGAAGACGAGAAAACGCCAAAUAUCAAAUACAAACUUGAUUUGUCCGAUUUCCAACAUAGUUUAGUAACGGAACUUGUCAGAUAUAUUUACACGGACAAAGUUGAUAACGCUGAUACACACGCGAACAAACUUUUGCCAUUGUCAACAAGAUAUCAACUACCGGGGUUAACAGCAUUGUGUGAAAGAACCUUACUCGAGAGUCUCACGCCGAGUAACGUUGCUAAUAUACUCCUGUUGGCCGAUCAGUGCCGUUGCGAAAAUUUAAGAAAAGCUGCUUUGCAUUAUUGUGAAAAUUCCGAAGAAAUUAAAGAAAGCGUUCAUAUAGGUAAAACUUUGGCGUGGAGAGUCAUGGAAAUGGUCAAUCCAGACCUCUUCCUCGAAGCUUGUGAAAGUUUCGGGAGUUCGUCGAGUAAUUUAGACAGUCCUGGAACUCCGGGUUCGUGGAGUGAUUAAACCGCUUUCAGUUAAUUUAUUUAUUGCUCAUUAAGUACAAAUUGGAAUUUAUCUGAAGAGAUCUGUGUUAUUUAUUAUGUGUCGCCGUAAUGUGUAAAACGAUGUGAUGUUAAUAUUUGUAUUACAAUUUUUAAUUUGUAUUACAAAAUAAUUAGAAGUACUAUUUUGUAUAAUUUUUAUAUUGCUUUAUUAUGUUAAGUUGUUAUAUUAACAAUCUUAUACGUGAUAUGUAAUAAGGCUUUGUUCAAAGUAUACCUGCAUUGUAUUGUA